GUUUAAAAACCAGAGAGCCAAAUUAUUCAUAUAUUAUUAAAAAUACAAAAAAAAAAAAAAAAAAAAAAUCCCAAAACCAGAACGAAGAAGAGAGAGAAUUAACUCUACAAUUCUCUCUCUCCCGAUCAGAUCGGGCACCUCUGUCUGAAAUCCAACAUUUUCGAUUCCUGCGUUGCUUUUAACAUAUCAAUUUUCAUUUUUUGUUUAAAAUAAAAUCAAAUUGGUUCAAUCAUCGUUUUCGUUCCCAAAUUUUCACCGAUCUGGGCAAUUCUAUUCAAAAUUAUAGGGUUGAGGUUUUUCGAUUGAAAUUCAUUGCAACGUGGAUGUUGUUGAUUCGUGAGAUUUUGAAUUUUGUAGAUUUUGAAAUUCUGUUCUAGAUCGUUUGCUGUUGUUGAAUGGCGUCGGCUCAGGUGCUACCGAACAACUCUGCUUCGUCUCGGAAGCAAGAGCAUCUGGAAGCUGGCAAGCGUCGGCUGGAAGAGUUUCGUAAAAAGAAAGCCGCUGAGCGAGUCAAGAAGGCUACAUCCUCUGGCUCUGUACCCAAUUCUGAUGCCGGACAAAAUCAGAAGGCUCAGAAACAGUCUUCGGAAGUUGAAAAUGUUCGAAUUAAUGACUCAGAUGGAGUUACCACAUCGGAUGGCAUUGGAGGAGCUGUUAUUGAGACAGGGACGAGUAACCAGAAAAAUGUGAAUUUGUUUGACCAAAGUAGUAAUCAGGGGUCUUUAGCUGGUGCAACUAGUCUUGUGAGAAAUGAUCUUGACGAGGAACGUUCAGAUAUUGAUGAAGCUAAAAGAUAUAAUGCUUCUACUUUAAUUACAUCUGACGAUGUUAGUCAAAACAGCAAGGCAAAUAAAACAAAUGAUAUUUAUGGAAUCCACACCGGUGGUGUUGGUGGAAUUCCGCAUAGAACAACAACAAACCACCAAAGUAUUUUUCUACGCUCGCAAGAAAGUCAAGAGCUUGAUAGCAGUACUAGUCAGUCUAUCCUUCAUGGAGUGAAUGAAAGCCAGUCAAACAAGAGUGACAGUUCUGUGAAGGAUUUUGCAGUUACUGAUGUCUCUUCUUACUUUCCGUCAAAAAUCAUACGAGAGAAUUCUGUUGAUUCAGUACAGAAAACUAAGCAGACAAAUUCUAGCACUUUCGAUAGUAGCUAUUCACAUGGUUCGGCUUCUGGAGAUUUCCGCGAUUCUAUCAGUUCUAUGUUUAGAGAGACCAAUAGAUCUGAUAGUGAUUUGCCUAGUCUUCAUGGUGCAACUAUACCUAAAUAUGAAUCCAGUGGUUAUGAAGCAAGGAAUUCCUCUAACCACACACCAAUACAUUCAGUGUCAACAGAAUCAAACUCUAGAAAGCUACGUCCGUCUUUUCUUGAUUCUCUAAAUGUGACUAGACCUCCUACAGGGUCUCCAUUUCAUCAACCAGAGCAAGAUGCCUCUAAGUAUAGUCAUUUAGAAUCAAGCAACAACGGCGCAUCAGAAUCUACUUAUUUCCGUAAGCCACCUGAAGAGACUAAAACUGGGGGACUUUUCUCAAAUCUUACAAAUGCUCCAGUUGUAAAUAAUAAUUCGGACACAAUGAUGAUAAGUGCUAAGGAAAAUGGCAUGGAAAGAAAGCAUGAUUAUUACUCAUCUUCCCAAAAUGAAGACUUUUCUACUUUAGAACAGCAUAUUGAAGAUCUAACACAAGAAAAGUUUUCUUUGCAACGUGCUCUUGAGGCUUCUCAAGUAUUAGCCGAGUCACUAGCUACUGAAAAUUCAUCUCUGACCGACAAUUAUAACCAUCAGAGAAGUAUCGUCAAUCAAUUAAAAUCAGAAAUGGAGAACUUACAGCAAGAGAUCAAAGCACAACUGGUUGAGCUGGAAGCUAUCAGGAAUGAGUAUACAAAUGUGCAACUUGAGUGUAAUGCAGCUGAUGAGCGUGCCAAGUUAUUGGCAUCCGAAGUCAUUGGCUUAGAGGAGAAGGCACUCAGACUAAGAUCAAAUGAGCUAAAACUUGAGAAGCGGUUGGAAACUGAACAAGCAGAAAUUUCUUCAUACAGAAAGAAAAUGUCCAGCCUUGAAAAAGACCGACAUGAUUUGCAGUCAACCAUUGAUGCUCUUCAAGAAGAAAAGAAGAUGUUGCUGUCUAAGGUGCGGAAGGCUUCUGGGUUUGGAAAAUCUGAGAGUAAAUCAAGUAAAAGAGAUGGUUCUACAUCUACCGAUGAUUUAGUGAGUGAAGAUCCUGCUUCAAGCUCUUCCAACACAGAAAUCAAUGACAAUGCUGCUAUCCAUGAUGCUGGAACAUCUAGUUUGUCUGCAGUUCCUGAAACUACACACUCUUCUUUUGGGGCUUCUUCUGUCAAUAUUCCUCAUGAUCAGAUGAGAAUGAUUGAGAACAUUAAUGCACUUAUUUCUGAGCUGGCACUGGAGAAAGAAGAAUUGAUUAAAUCCUUGGCAUUUGAAUCGGCUGAGAGUUCCAGAAUGAAGGAGAUAAACAAAGAGUUGUCCCGGAAGCUUGAGGUCCAGACACAAAGAUUAGAGCUUUUGACUGCUCAAAACAUGGUUAAUGAAAGUAUUGAAAAUGUUUCUACAAAGCAAACAGAUUCUCGUGCGACGUAUGAAAACAUCCCUUAUGCAGAUGAGGGUGAUGAGGUGGUGGAAAGAGUGUUGGGAUGGAUUAUGAAGCUAUUUCCUGGUGGGCCGUCUAGACGAAGAACUAGCAAGCUUCUCUGAUUGGAUUUACAUUAGAUUUGUAAUUGUUGUCACGAAAAUGUAUACACAGCCAUGAGGAUGGAUUUGAGGCUGUUUUUCACUAUGCCAACCAAGGGAAAAAACCAGCGCAUUUCAAUCCCAAUUCAUGAUCGGGUUACCUCCUCAGCACUGUGGAAGGCAUGAUCUGUGUAUAGUAGAGUGAAUUAUAGAGAAAAUUCUUCUGAAGAAAUGGCUUUCUUUAGAAAGCUGCUUAUUGAUUGGCAAUUCCUAAUGCAAUUAUUUUGGAAGAUGGCAAUAAAUCUGUUAUGUGGUUUUAUCUCUUGACUCAAUCCAAAUUUUGUGCGAUAGUAGUCGGAUAUGGAAUAGGUUACCAAGAAGCCUCAAAGGAACGAGACCAUUUUGUUCAUAUACCAGUAUGAGAUGUGGAGUGUUUGUUGAAUAUAUACGCAAGGUGCAAUGUUAUAUUUUUAAUGUAUUUCAGAGUUUUCGAUUACUUA